UCAUGGGAACAGUCUGAGGAAGAACAGUUGUGAGCAUGAAGGAUGCGCUUUUCUUUUGGAAAGAACUGUCUAAUAAACAGGAGUCUAUCCUGAAUUUAGAUCUACAUUUUGGGAGCUUAUUUUAGAAAAGAUCUAAGUUUUAAAAAUUCUGAAUGGACAGACAGAGAAAAGAGGGUCUUUGCCAACUCCUUUGGACUGCUGCAGUAAGAAUGUCUUUCCCCCCUCAUUUGAAUCGCCCUCCCAUGGGAAUCCCAGCACUUCCACCGGGAAUCCCACCCCCACAGUUUCCAGGCUUUCCUCCACCAGUGCCUCCGGACGUGGUGGUGUACAAACCUAAAUGCGGUUUGGUUUUGAGUUGGAAGAGAGUACAAGGUGCUUCUGGGAAACUUCAAGCUUUUGGAUUCUGUGAGUAUAAGGAGCCUGAAUCUACCCUCCGUGCACUCAGAUUAUUACAUGACCUUCAGAUUGGAGAGAAGAAACUACUUGUGAAAGUUGAUGCCAAAACAAAGGCACAACUAGAUGAAUGGAAAGCAAAAAAGAAAGCUUCUAAUGGGAAUGCCAGGCCUGAAACUGUCACUAAUGAUGAUGAAGAAGCUUUAGAUGAAGAGACAAAAAGAAGAGAUCAGAUGAUUAAAGGGGCCAUUGAAGUUUUAAUACGAGAAUACUCAAGUGAGCUAAAUGCCCCCUCACAGGAGUCUGACUCUCAUCCCAGGAAGAAGAAAAAGGAAAAGAAGGAGGACAUUUUCCGCAGAUUUCCAGUUGCCCCACUGAUCCCUUAUCCGCUCAUCGCUAAGGAGGAUAUAAAUGCUAUAGAAAAGGAAGAGGACAAAAGAGACCUGAUAUCUCGAGAGAUCAGCAAAUUCAGAGACACGCACAAGAAACUGGAAGAAGAGAAAGGCAAAAAGGAAAAAGAAAGACAGGAAAUUGAGAAAGAACGGAGAGAAAGAAAGAGGGAGCGUGAAAGGGAACGAGAAAGGCGAGAACGGGAACGAGAAAGGGAAAGAGAACGUGAACGAGAAAAGGAGAAGGAACGGGAGCGGGAACGAGAACGGGAUAGGGACCGUGACCGAACAAAGGAGAGAGAUCGGGACCGAGAUCGAGAGAGAGAUCGGGACCGGGAUCGAGAACGGAGUUCAGAUCGAAAUAAGGAUCGGAGUCGAUCAAGAGAAAAAAGCAGAGACCGUGAAAGAGAACGGGAGCGAGAAAGAGAGAGAGAACGAGAAAGGGAACGUGAGAGAGAACGUGAACGGGAGAGAGAGCGCGAGAGGGAACGGGAGCGGGAAAGAGAGAAAGACAAGAAACAAGAUCGAGAGGAGGAUGAGGAAGAUGCAUAUGAACGAAGAAAACUGGAACGAAAACUCCGGGAGAAAGAAGCUGCUUACCAGGAGAGACUUAAAAAUUGGGAAAUCAGAGAACGAAAAAAAACUCGGGAAUAUGAGAAAGAGGCUGAAAGAGAAGAAGAAAGAAGAAGAGAAAUGGCUAAAGAGGCUAAGCGACUAAAAGAAUUCUUAGAAGAUUAUGAUGAUGAUAGAGAUGAUCCCAAAUACUACAGGGGGAGUGCUCUUCAAAAACGGUUGCGUGACAGGGAAAAGGAAAUGGAAGCAGAUGAACGGGAUAGGAAGAGAGAGAAGGAAGAGCUUGAAGAAAUCAGGCAACGCCUUCUGGCAGAAGGGCACCCAGAUCCAGAUGGAGAGCUCCAGAGGAUUGAACAAGAGGCUGAGAGACGCAGACAACCACAAAUAAAGCAGGAGCCAGAAUCAGAGGAAGAAGAGGAAGAAAAGCAAGAAAAGGAAGAAAAACGAGAAGAACCUAUGGAAGAAGAAGAGGAGCCUGAGCAAAAGCCUUGUCUGAAACCCACUCUGAGGCCCAUCAGCUCUGCCCCAUCUGUUUCUUCUGCCAGUGGCAAUGCAACACCCAAUACUCCUGGGGACGAGUCUCCCUGUGGUAUUAUUAUUCCUCAUGAAAACUCACCAGAUCAACAGCAACCCGAAGAGCACAGGCCAAAAAUAGGAUUAAGCCUCAAACUGGGUGCUUCUAAUAGUCCUGGUCAGCCCAAUUCUGUGAAAAGGAAGAAACUACCUGUAGAUAGUGUAUUUAACAAAUUUGAGGAUGAAGAUAGUGACGACGUACCACGAAAAAGGAAACUUGUUCCAUUGGAUUAUGGUGAAGAUGAUAAAAAUGCUACCAAAGGCACUGUGAACACUGAAGAGAAACGCAAACAUAUAAAGAGUCUUAUUGAGAAAAUCCCAACAGCCAAACCUGAGCUCUUUGCUUAUCCUCUGGAUUGGUCUAUUGUGGAUUCUAUGCUGAUGGAACGACGAAUUAGACCAUGGAUUAAUAAGAAAAUCAUAGAAUACAUAGGUGAAGAAGAAGCUACAUUAGUUGAUUUUGUUUGUUCAAAGGUUAUGGCCCAUAGUUCACCUCAGAGCAUUUUAGAUGAUGUUGCCAUGGUACUUGAUGAAGAAGCAGAAGUUUUUAUAGUAAAAAUGUGGAGAUUAUUGAUAUAUGAAACAGAAGCCAAGAAAAUUGGUCUUGUGAAGUAAAACUUUUUAUUACACUUAGGGUUCCAUUUCAGAUAUCUUAUUUCUCAUCCUUCAGAGGACUUUGAAUUUUUCUUUGCCUUCAAAGACAUUUGUGAGAUCUGUAAUUUUUUAAAUGUAGAAAAUGUGAAUUUUUUUUUUUUUUUUCCUCUCAAUUUGUCAAUGACCUAUGUACUUCUUGGUUGUAAAGUCAUCUGAAUCCUUCGUUGUCUUUAUACUUGCCAGGUACAAAUUACUGGUAUGUUUUAUAAGCUGCAGCUACUGUAUACAGCCUAUCUGAUAUAAUCUUGUUCUGCUGAUUUGUUCCUUGUAAAUAUUAAAAUGACUCCCCAAUUCUUUUGCAGAAUUUCACUUAAUAUUGACUUGUACUGUAUAGGAAACAACAUGAAUGAUUUUAGUUGGAAGAAUACCAUUCAUAUCCACUCCCACCUUUUGCCCCUUGGAUCAGAAAUGACACACCCUCAUGAGGCAUGGAAGUUAAAAUUAGAAUGGAAAAUUAGCACACAAUCUCUUCCUACAGUAUGUAUAUGUAUGAAUGUGUUUGUGUGAAUGUAUGUACAAAAAUAUUCCCUAAUUUACUUACAGAAGUAUAGAACAAAACUGAUAUUGUGCGGAUCCAAAUGUCUGGUAUAAUUAGGUUAUUUUAUGCUAAAUAGGAUUUCCUUGUUGAUAGCUGGCUGUUUCAGCCUUCACUGUAGUGGAGAAUAGAUUAAGGUGACCUUCCUCUCCAAGGUGCCCUGUUUUCAUUGCUUAGAAAUGAGGCAGAUCAUAGAAUUUUGGAAAGUUUAGUUUGCACUAGCUGGUCUUCAGCUUAAAAGAAGUCUUCAAACUAAGAACAUUUGAAAGGAAAUUUGGCUCGAACUGUAGCUUCGUAGAGCUCAUGCUUUGCCUGCUGGAGGCUCCCUAGGUUCAAUUGCUAGCACCAAAAAUUUAAAAAAGACAAAAUAUAAAAGCAAGUUGACAGUUAAGGAGAAUCUGACAAAAUACAGUAAGAAUUGUGGCAAUUUACAAAGUUUACAUCUUAUUUCCAGAGAUAAAUCAUUCAAGACAGUUAUACUAUACUAACCAUGAAUUUUUCCCUAUUCUCAUCAAAGUUUAUACUGAUGUGAUUAGACAUAUACCUGUGGGUUUUUUAAAUUGUGGAUUAGAGUGUCAGCAGUGAGCAGAAUUUGCCUGAAAAUGUAACAGGUUUUAAACAGUUUGUAACACAAAUAAGGUGCAGUUAUUUCCAUGUCUAUUUAUUUCAGAAGAAAAUUUGGUCUGUUAGAAAAGCAUACUUGUAAAAUUGAGUUAACUAGAUUUUUUUACUUCUUACGAGGACAUUUGAAAACACUGUUCUUAACACCGAACCAUGGUAUGGUUCCAUUAUGUAAAUAUUUCACAUAUUAAAAAUGUAUAUAUUUGA